CUACACAAACCUUCAGCUGGUGACGAAGGGAAGGACAGGGCUGACGGCUGACGACUGAUUUUGCAGCAGGAAAUGUAACCCAACCAGAUAAAAAAAAAAUGGCCCACUGGUUUCACAGGAACCUUUUUAAAGCGACAACCGUGGAGAAUUUUGAUUUGAAAAUGGUCGCCCUCGACACGGAGGCGCUGAAAAUCUGCGGUGAUUUGAAGCAGUGUCGAAAACGGCUGCUUGAAUUGAUCCCCGACGCAAAUCACUCAGGCGAGACGAUUGAUUCAAUCUUCAACAGCUACCUGAGCCUUGCGCAGGGAUUCCUUAAAUCUUUUGAUGGCGACAGCAGGGCCAGCAAAAUGCGUCACAGCAUUAUCUUUAAGUGGACCCACACCCUUCUGGGCAGCAAACCUUAUGCGGAGCAAGACUUUUUGUAUGAAGUGGCUAACAUAACGAUGAACAUUGGAAUCUGGUAUAUGAAACAUGCCUCAAUGAUUGCAGGAAAAGAUGACAUCACAAUGGACGAAGCCAAGGAAGUGCACACGAGUAUGCGGAAAGCGGCUGGUGCCUUCCAAUUUGUUACCCAAGAGCUGAUUCCUGACCUUGUGAGCCACGGGGAGCCCGGAAUGGACACCGACCCAAGGGUUGCAGGAGCGUAUUUGGCACAGUGCACUGCCGAGGCACAAGAAGUGACCGUGGCUAGAGCAAUGGAAUUAAAACACAAUGCGGCUCUCAUUUCUGCCUUGUCCAAUGAGACAGCAAAAUUGUUCCUUGAGGCAGACAACCUGCUGAAUACUCUUAACCCAAAAGUUGUUGGUCAGUGGAAGACCUACAUGCAAAUUAAGGCAGCGUUCUACACAGCUUAUGCAUACAUGUACUGCGGGGAAAAUUGCUUGACUUUGGAAAAAGGCGGUGAUGCAGUUAGGGCUUGCCAAGAAAGCAAAAAAUAUUAUGACAAAGCAUUGACCCUUUCUAAAGAGUAUUCCAAAAUGAAAGGCCCUGCCAAAAUUGCUAAACCCGAGCAGCAUCUGUUCUUUAGAAAGCUACUUCCGAUGAUUCAAAGAGCUCUGGAAAAAUGUGAACGAGAAAAUGGAUUUAUUUAUCACCAGAAAGUGCCGUACGACCCUCCCCAGCUUGAGAUGAAAGCAACUUAUGGUCUUGCGAAGCCAGAGCCAGUCACUAUGCCUGCACCUAGUCCACUUUGGAAUCCUGCCUCAUACGCAGCUUUCGACACAGCGAUGGCUUCGGCUAGGGAUCCAAAAUUGAAAGGAAAGUCUGAAGGUGAACUUCCAGAAGUCAAGGAGGCCAGUGUGCACCAGUCUGGAGUUGACCCAAAGAACGAGAGUGGAUGCUUCAUCCAGUAAUAUGAAGAAUAGAAAAAAAUAUUUGUAGAGAUAUUUUAUGAAAACAGUGUGACACUUUUAGCUUGGCUUUAUAACACAGUACAAAAUUGUCGCUAUGGCUUUCCAUAGGCAAUCUUGUCCAUUUAACUGACAACUUUUAUUAUAAGUAUAUUAUUGGACAAUAAUUUAUAGUCUUCUUUUGAAACGCAAAGUAUUAUUAAGCUUUUUCCAUUCCCUUGAAUCAAACUAUUUGAAAUGUAAAAUUCUGUAAAAUAUAGUGUAUCAAAGUAAAAUAUUUUGCGAUGUUUUGGUUCCUAUUAUUCAUUAUAUUAAACUACUCUUUUUCACUUUUUUCAUUAAUAUUUUAGCCAUCUAUCAAGACAAUUGAUGCACCUAAUUGUACGGCAUAGUCUUGAAUAAAACAGUGAACUAAGCAAAU